GGGCGGGCUGUCGGGGCCGCGCACGGGGACGGCCCGGGCGCCAUGUUGGAAGGUUGCUGAGCCCGGGCUGUGUCUGUGCGAGCGGCGCCGGGAGCCCGUUUGCUGCGCGGGGUGGGGGGGCCGGCGGCGGGGAGCGGCGCGGAGGGCGGCGGGGGGACGCGGGCGCGGAUCAUGGACGUCGAGAGGCUGCAGGAGGCGCUGAAAGAUUUUGAGAAGAGGGGGAAGAAGGAGGUGUGCCCCAUUCUAGACCAGUUCCUCUGCCAUGUUGCCAAGACGGGAGAGACCAUGGUUCAGUGGUCUCAAUUUAAAGGCUAUUUCAUUUUCAAACUGGAGAAAGUAAUGGAUGAUUUCAGAACCUCAGCUCCUGAGCCAAGAGGGCCUCCCAAUCCAAAUGUGGAGUAUAUUCCCUUCGAAGAGAUGAAAGAAAGAAUCCUGAAAAUUGUCACUGGAUUUAAUGGCAUCCCCUUCACUAUUCAGCGACUCUGUGAGUUGCUAACAGAUCCUAGGAGGAAUUACACAGGAACUGACAAAUUUCUAAGAGGUGUGGAAAAGAAUGUCAUGGUUGUCAGCUGUGUGUAUCCAUCUUCGGAGAAAAAUAAUUCCAGUAGUUUAAAUCGGAUGAAUGGUGUAAUGUUCCCAGGAAAUUCACCAGGUUACUCUGAGAGAUCAAAUGUAAAUGGUCCUGGAACUCCCAGACCAGUAAAUCGACCGAAGGUUUCUUUGUCAACUCCUAUGACAACGAACGGUUUGCCAGACAGCACGGAACAUAAAGAAUCAAGUUUGCAGCAAACAGAAGAUAAGAAACACAGUGACUCACCAGCAUCUGACUCAGAUGGUGCUCAGAGCAGCCCAGUAAAAAAUAAGCACUCUGAAGAUGAUCCUGCAGAAGCGGAAGGGCAUGAGGUAAAAAGACUUAAAUUCGACAAAGAAGGGGAAGCCAGGGAUGCACCAAACCAAUCUGCGUCCAGCGAAGUUUCUUUAGGCAUGGGGGAAGAAACAGAAACAUCCUCUACAUCUCAGGAUAAAGAGAAAGAUUCUACUUGCGCAAGACAGCACUGUACGGAGGAAGAUGAGGAAGAGUCCUUCAUGUCUCCAAGAAAUGCUGGUCCAGACAGAAAAGAUCAAGAAAAGGACACAGAGUCCUCAACUGUGAAUGAAGAGCCCUCUGAGGAGAGCAAUCAAAUGGAGGAGUCUGAUCAGUCUCAAGCAGAGAAGGAUUUACAUUCAGACAACAGUGAAAGUAGUGGAUCUGUCAGUAGUGGAGCUGACUGCAGUGAAACUGAAGAGUUAGGGUCCUAUGGUAGUGAAACUCCAGAAACUUCAUCAGAAACCCCUAUGGAAAACAGUGAGGAAGCCACAGAAGUUGCAGAUGAACCUAUGGAGCAAGACUAAUUUAAAUACACUUAGAUGCAGUAUUUUCCAUAAGGCUCCGGUUUUACACUGUAUAAAUAAUUUUAUGUAAUAAAGUGGACCUUUAGUUUUACAAAAGAAGCAGGUUGUAAAAUAAACUUCUUGGAUUGAACCUUGAAAGAGUUGUACAUGGUGAGAACUGUGAAUACCAGCUCCUUCAGGUCCUGCUUACCGCUGAACUUUCGUUUGGUCAAAUCAGUGGUUUGUGUAUAGUUUUUUUAAUUUAGAAUAAAAGUUUUUAAACUGGAAGGUAAUUAUAAUUUUGACAACUUUUUUGGAGAUUACCACACCUAGUUGUAUGUAAGCAAGAAAGCUUUUUGUCUCGUCUUUUUCUGACAGCUAUAGCAGUUACUUCAUAUUUUGGUUACAGUUUCAACGUUUAACAUGUGAUUUAUGGGGUUUCAUGCUGGUUUCCAGAUUUUUAUUUGAAUACACACUAUGAAACCUUAUGUUGUGUGUUUAAAAUGUGUUGCAUUUCACUCAUAUAUGCACGCAUGCACACGUAUGUGUACCCUCACUGUUCUAAGGGGGAAAUGUUAUAUUUUUCUGUUUCUACAAAAGAUAAAUACAGCAAAUACUUUUUCUAUCGGAGAAGACUAAGUUCACCUUUCAAGGCACUUUCUUUUGCCUCUGGGGAAAAAAAAAAAAAGGCAAAUAAGAUCUGGCCCAUAUGAAACCCUGGAAAUAUUGUUGAAAACACCAGAGUAAACACAUUCCAAGAGAACUGUUCAAAUUACAACACUUUUUGUAUACUUCUGAGGUGCCUGAGUGAAAGGAUUUCAUUUAUUUAUGAGAAAAUGUGCUUUAUGUUGAGAACGUUGUAAUCGAAACAUUAGCUUAAACUUUUGUAGGAGAAAUGUUUGAAAAUACAAUAAGAAAGUAUCUCGGGAGAAAGAACAGGUACUUGCCUUUUUGAGUGCUUCUUGGAGCAUUGUGAAUAUUACAGAGAAGUCUCAAAGUUAUUCUAAGGUAUGCAGAUGGCAUUGAUAUGAUCACGCCACCGUAUUGGAUGAAUUAAUAUAUGACAGUAGUUAUGUACCUGAGCUAAAUAACUAAGGUUUAGAUGUGCAUAGAAAUCACCAUGAUUUGUAUAACAUUUUGGAAGUGAACUAAAUAUUUUUGAACAUGCUACCUUGACAGCCAGUGUUACGUUUUUGUUUUUUUUUUCAGACCAGCUCAAAGCACAACUACUGCUUUCCUCUCGAUAUUUUCCAGUUCCCAUAUUUAAAGACAUGCAAGCUGCAACCUCCCGGUCACAGUUACUGGCUGCCAAAUUUAUACCUGUUUUCUUCAACUGUACCUUUUUGAUAUUUAGGAUUUUUAAAUUUCUGUAAAGUAGAUUUUUGUAGAUUGUAAUGAGUGCUCACUGCCAUUGUGAAACGGUAUAUAAUUGUAUAAUUUCUGUGUGUAAACUGAAUGCUUGGGCUUUCAAUACAGUAUUCAUAUAAAGCAAUAAAUAUAAAUGUUAUGAAACAUCCGAGUACAUUUUUAUCAGCAUUGUCCCUUUUUGGCUUUAAGUUCGCAUACCUGAAGUACAGAAACGACCUGAGAUGCAUGCUGAUGGUUUGUUGUACCACACGGUGUGCUCUGUGUCCCGUAGGAGGAACCUUGCUUGUGAUUGUUAGCAGGACAGUUUGGCCCAGGCUGAAUAUCGCAGUUGUGCCCUGCUGGUGUUACUGGUUUGUAAGCAGGCAGAGGAUUUGUGGAGAUGCUUGCAGAGAGGAAAACCCUCUUCAGAUUCAACCAGAAGGCAAAUUGGACUUACAUUCACUGUGCUGAAGGGUUGGACGUGUAUGACAAAAGACUGAUCCAAAAUGUUGCAAUUAGUUUAAAAAAUGCAGUGACAUCUUUUCUCUCUUUGAUUUCUAUUUUUCCUCGGGGAGGGGGGUGUAUUUUGCCAAUGAGAACAAAAUUUUAAAAUUUCUAAGUUUAGAGAUCUCUGAGAUUUUCUUUUAGGACGUUUAUUUGUGAUGGUAUUGUCAAUAAACUUGUUCUUUAAGCACCUGUGACCCCUUGCUACGUUUGUUUUCACUGCUGUGCACGCGCUGUGCUACGGCUCUGUUCGCGUGUCCGCCAGCAGCGGCUUUAUAACUGAAGUCAGAGCUUCACUUCUUUACAGUAGCUCAGAUUUCUGCCUUGUUGAUGUUUAAACCUCAGCUGCGCUGAUUACUGCGCUGCUCUCGGCUUUCUAAUAGAGCGCAGCGCCCCAAGGCUCCGCGAACAGCUGCGGCGCCCGCGCUGUGCUGCUGCCCGGCAGCGCCGCCUGGCGGCACGCGCCCAACGGUCCUAACGGUCGCUGCUCCGUGAGGGGAGCGCGGAGGCUGCGCGAGGCACGGCGCUGAGCGGCUCGCUCUGCUCGCUCGUGUCCUGCAUCGCAGUACCGUGUGGUGGUUCUGUCACACGGUGAGCGUGGACGCGAGGCUGGCCCGCUGGAAAAAAAAAAAAAAAAAAAAGGGGCUGUCUGUGCUGGCCGCGUGUUGUAGGACUGCUCCCAGGUGGAAGCUGCUGGAACGUCGCUGUAGCGAGAGAGCUCCGCAGUCCCGCUUACCCCAGAGCUUACCCCGCUCUCGGGCGGGAUGUGUGCUGAGGGGUCUGCUGCCACCAAACCCAGCUUGUGCCCUUGUGACGCUUGAGAGGGGAUCCCGGGGAUCCAGCUGAGGUGUGAUGGAGCAGGACGGGGUGAGCGGGGUGUGCUUACAUCACCGAGGGACCCACCAAGGGUAGCACCCAGCACAGCACCCAGCACCCAGCACUGCACAGCACCCAGCACAGCACCCAGCACCCAGCA